AUGAAUAACCCCCCCAAAUGUGUAAAUUGUAUAGAAGGUUAUUCGGCGAGAUUAAAUAUAAUAAACAAACAAUUUGAAAAUGAACCCGAAAAUAUUACAUCCAAAACUAAGUUAAUAGACAUAUCGGAAAAAAAUAGUUACACAUCUCAUACUCCUCUUAUAAAUAAAACCAAAUUUAUAAAUUGUGAAAAUAAUAAUGAACAUAGUAAAGUACAAAAUAAAAUAUUUUCGUCAUUACUAAAAAAAAUACGAAAUGGAAAAGAAAAAGCAAGCAUAAAUAUAAAAAAUUAUUAUGAUAAAAAAAAAAAAUAUGUAUAUAUAUAUGAAAAAAAUUUAGAUCGCAAUAAAAAAAAAUUCACAUUGUUAAAUUGUGAGAAUAGUGAUUCGAUAAAUAUAAACAAUGACAUUAAUAUUGACAUGAAUGAUAGAGCUAAAAUAAAUCGGAAUGGAAGCUUUUUAAAAAUUUUCCAGAAUAUUAAAAAUGAGUCAAAUGAUGAGGAAGUUACAAAACUACGGGAUGUAAAAAUAGAUGGAAACAAGCAAAACGAAAAAAAAAAAACGAAAAAAAUCGAAGACUAUUUAAUAAAUUUGGACACAAAUAAAAAUAGCAACAAUGAUAACAAUGAUGUAAUAUGGAACCCUCAUCUGAAAUACUUAAGAAACAUUAAAAAACUAUUACACAUUAGUGAUGAAGAAAUAAAGGAUGUUAUAGAAAUAUCAAAUUUUGAAAUUAAUUUAAAUAUUAACACAUUUUAUUAUAAAUUUAUAAAUGAAAAUAGUGAUAAAUCUCUCUUAAAAUAUAAUGUUAAUUACAAUAAAAAUAUAUAUGACAUACAAGAAAAAAGGGGACACAAAAAUGAAAAAAUCAUAUCUUACAAAAAAAAUUUUUCAAUUGGUUUUCUCUUACAUCAGUAUAAUAUCUCUAUACAAGAAAAUUUAUAUUAUUGUUAUAGAAUAUAUGAAUCUGAUAAGUUUGAGGAUGUCAAAAAUAAUAUGAGGUGUAAUAUAGAUUAUACAAAAUAUCAUCAUUUUGGUGCUGGAACAAAUAGAUUGUUUGGCAGCUUUAAAACCAUUCCAAUAAAAAAUAAAAAUUGUUAUGAAUGUUCAAGAUAUAGAAAAAACAAUGAAUAUUGUAAUGAUAAUAGUAAAGAGAAAGAGUGGUAUCCUGAAAAUAAUUUGGUAGAAAAUGUGGGAAUAAACGCGGAAUCGUCAAAUUUGCACUAUUCAAACGAAAUAACUAAAAUAUGUUUUGAUACCUGCAAAUUCGAUGAAGGCUAUUUAAAAUGUUCAAAAAAUUGCUCACAAAUAAAUUGUGCAAGUUGUAAAAAAAAAAACAUUAGUAACAAUCAUAAUAAUAAUAUGCCGAAAAUAGUAAGAAAGAAACAAGAUCGUUUCGAAAGUGGACAUACUGAAAAUAAGUGUAAUUUAAAUAACGUUUGUUCUAAUUCAUUAAUUAUAACUGACUAUCCAUAUAUGCAUAAUAAUAAUGAUGAAAAAACGAUUAAGGAAAAAAAAUCAUCGAAUAAAAUUAGAAACUUUCUUAAAGAAAUAAUAAAAAGGGAUAAAAAGGAUAUCACAAAAAAUUCAAAUAACAUUAAUAAUGAGUAUCACCAAAAUGAAAAAAGAUACAAUAAAAAAGACGAAAUAUAUAAGGAAAAGAAAGGGAUGGAAAAAAAAAAAAAUUUCAAACAAAAUGACCCAAAGGAGUUAUUUAAUAACAAUUCAGAAUACAACAUAACCACUAAUAAAAAUAGUACUAAUAAUAUAAACAAUAGACAACCCAUUAAUAUUCAAAAAACGGAAUCCUUUGAAAGUUUCUUUAAAACUGAUAAAAUAAAACAAAAAUUUAUAAAAUUUGAAGAAGAUAUAAAAUCCAAGGAAAACUAUAAAGAUAAUUCGGAUGGUGAUAUUACAUUCAAAUGCACUAAUGAAAAAACAAAUGUUUAUGAGGAAAAUUAUGACAAAUACUGUAGUGGAAUGAAAUAUAAAGAAAGUAUAAACAAUAGCAAUGAAUUUUUAACAAGCCAAUAUGUUGAUAAUAAUUUUAAUGAAAUAUAUUAUAUUCAAAGAAUAAAUGCGAAUAAUGACACAUUUUCUGUGUUUGUUAAAAUUUAUCAAAUAUAUAUUUUUUCGAGGGUAAACGAUGAGAUAAAUAUAGACAAUAAAGCAGACAAAAAUAAUGCUAAUAAUAAUAAUGGGCAUGCCCCAAAUAAAAUUAAGGGUUAUCGAAAUUUAGAGGAUAAUUAUGAAGAACAAACCAAUUCUCAUAAUUCAAACAAAACAAAAGUGUCUGUAUAUGUUUUUAUUACUAUUCUCAAUGAUAGCCUAUUAAAAUAUAUAAUAAAGAAAAAGAUACUUUAUGAUGUUACUAAUUGCAUAAAUCAAUGGGAGAUAUAUAUAAUAACAGAAAUCCAAAAUCUAAAAAAUGCCACUAAUAAUAUAUCAAUGUCCAUUAAAAUAAAAGAAUGGAAUGAUAAUAUAUAUUGUAUAAUUAAAAAUAUAGAAAUUUUUAUUAAUGAUUAUUUAAAGGUAUUUAUACAUAAUAUUGCUAUAAAUAUUAUUUAUUUUUUUGGUAUAUAUGAAAAUAAUAUGUUACAAAAUUAUGUUUCCUUUUUAAAAACCGAAGAUAGCAAUAACUUGCACACACGUAAAAAAUACACUUUUAAGAGUAUAUAUAAUGAUAUUAAAAAAAAAAUUCAAAGACUAAAACCCCCAAAAAAGAGAAGGAGCAAUGAACAUAGACAAAAAAAACAUCAAAAUAUACCUAAUAACCAAGAUUACAAGAAAGGGUAUAAUUUGUUCCAAAAUAUAUUUAAAAAAAAUGACAGUAAAAAAAAACACACAUUUUUUUAUGAUGAUGCAUAUUUUUUUAAUAAGUUAACAAUUGACAAAAAAAAGUGCUAUUUUAAAUCACAUCACGAAGCAAAUAGUUAUGUUGCAUAUAUAAAUAGCAUAUAUUAUAGAAGAAUUAUGUUUUUGUAUAUUUUGUUUUUUUUUAUGUAUAUAGCCAUAACAAAAACUAUGCUCUGCUCUUGUUAUGUGUAA